AUGGCUGGUGCAUUCAGUGGACAUUUGAUCAACGCUUUCGAGCAAAACGUGCCACCCUCCUCCAUAUGCCACAACGGUCUUGUUUCAUUCGACUCUAGCGUUCACGGCAUCAAUAUGUUCAGCACUCAACAGUCUCUCGCCUUGAAUAGCGCCUCCAUGAGUGCCUCCCAAUCAUCGUCCGCGUCCGCUUUUUCCGAGAGCAUGUUCGACCGAGUAAACCGACUUCAGGCGAAGCUGAACCAGAAAUUGGGGCCCGAGUAUGUCUCUCAGCGGCCUGGGCCUGCCGGUGCAGGGAAGCUUACAUAUGCAGAAGGGUGGAAGGCAAUCACUCCCUCCCAGCUCAUCAAUGUCGCAAACGAGGUGUUCGGGUACGAUGGCUGGAGCUCAAGCAUUGUCAAUAUCACGACGGACUAUAUGGACUACAAUGAAGAGUCAAGAAGAUACAAUUGUGGGGUGUCCGUCAUUAUGCGAGUGACGCUGAGGGAGGGUGUGGCACACGAGGACGUCGGGUUUGGCACGAUAGACAACGCAAAAUCAAAGGGUGCGGCGCUAGACAAGUGCAAAAAAGAAGCCGUAACUGAUGCUCUCAAACGGACGCUGCGGACGUUUGGAAAUGUUCUUGGUAACUGCCUUUAUGACAAGCAAUACGCGGCAGAGGUGACAAAGAUGAAGGUUCCCCCUAUUAAAUUCGACCCAGAUAAUCUUCAUCGUCUACCCGGACUAGCAAUAAACAAAGCCGUAUCAGCAUCCUCUUCGACACCAAUCCAUGCUCCUCCUCCUGUUGCCCCUGCGUUACGACCACAACAACAACAACAACCGCCACCACCAGCACCUAAACGAGAACCAUUACCGAAACCUAUUCCACAACCUAAACCACUCGCGACAUCUACUCCAAUCGACCGCAAAGUAUCUUUUGCGCCCCAACCGCCACCACCUGCCAUAGUGAAGAAAGAGGAACCCGCCUCAAUUCCUGCGAAGACGGCUAGUUUUGAUGAGUACGACGAAUACGGAUUUUCAGAUGACGACGCAUUCUUGUCGACGGUAGAUUUGGGAGAGGGUGAUUUAGGUCGCCCGAUAGACUUUGAGGAGGGACUUUCUGGAGGAACAGCCUUGGAAGAGCGAGAGCAAAUGGAGGCGGCGGCAGCGGCAGUAGCUGACAGACAUGGGCCAAUGGGCAUAGACAAAGCGACAUCGAAGCCCCCAAUCCAACGAGGAAAUAUGGGUCCUCCUCCGCCUCCCCAGAACAAUAACUCGAAUCGACCCACAACAAGUCACAUUACCGCACAGUCUGCACCAGCCAUACCUAGCACGUCCUCCUCCACAAAACCAGCAUCAGUACGGGCACCUCCCUCGAUGGGCGGCUUCCACUUCCCACCUGGUAUGGAGGAAACGAUCUUGAGCCAAAAUCGUAACCCGAAUCAGCCACCGCCUCAUCUGAGCGGUGGGGUCAAGCGCAACGCGGAUACGAUGAUCGCUGGAUCAGCGAUGUCUAGACCUGGUAUGGGCUUGAGCAACGUGAGGCAGCCACUUGGGACGAUUGCAUUGGACAAUAGUGGGGAUGCUAAGAGACAACGACGAUGA